AUGUUGCGGCGGGAGGAGGGGUCGGAGGUGGGGGGAGGGGGGGUUAUGUUCGACACGAAGAUUGAUGCUGGGGGUCGCGAUACCGAUCUAGUCGUAGUGAGUGCCCGUCCCGAGCCCCGGGGGGUACGGCCGGCGCCCCGUCAGCGACAUCCGUCUUCAGCUGUCACCACGUGGACCGUUAUAAGACAACACUACGAGUACAAGGACGGCUCCUCCACCGACCACCGACCUGCUGCUCACAUGACAGAUUAUAUCGACUGA